AUGAGUAGAAGACAAAAGAGAAAUGAGUUAGAUAGUGAUUAUUUAGAUGAUGAUGAACAAAAAGAUUUAAUUUCAUCAUUAUUAGAGAAAGAUCAAAAUAUAAAUUUAUUAUAUUUAAAAAUAAUUAGUGUAGUUGGAUUUGUUUUUGGAGCUUUAAAGAUAUGUUGUGCAGUUUUACCUUUUACAGUGUUGCCGUUUGAGAACGAGGCACAUGGCAUACUGCGAGCAAAGUUUUCGUCGUUCAUAUUGUUUUGGUUGGAGUGGAUGUCGGCGUCGGCUUUUAUCGCCGGUGGCAUUGCAAUGUAUCCCGGCUUUGUAAAGGGAUUCAUCAAGAAGUGGAUCAUGUUGAUCAGCUCGGUCUUUACAUUCUUUGGUUCGCUCUUGCUGUACCUCUCGACCGGUUCACUCUUCACCAGUCUCUGGACGCUAGGCGUCAACAGUGUAUUCCUCAUUGGAUGUCUCUACAUCUCACACCUCACCAACAACACUCAAAAUGAAAUUCAAGGAUUGAACAAGUUUAGAUAUCCACACAAGAAAGCAUAG